AUGAAAGAGUUCAACAACAAGCCACCAGUGCCAGGAGUCAAACUCAUCGGAUACGUCGACGACCUCCAAGCACAUCUUCCACCAGGUUUGGCUAGGAACAUGCAGGCCAUAUCCACUGUAACGAAUUGGAUUCAGGAACGUCUCUCCCAAAAAGGCAUUGAGCUCAGUCUCCCGAAAUCCAAAGUGCUUUUCCCGGAAGGUCUUUGCAUGUCCUCUUUGACAAACGACGAACAGCAACAAUUGACGAAAAUUGGUCUGUCAGUUGCUGAAGGUGGCAUGCCAGUUGUCGGGAUCCCAGUAGGAACAGAGGAGUUCCAGAGGAAUUUCGUUUCCAAAAUAGCCCGUGGUGACCCGGCGGAAUUAAUACUCCGCCUAGCAACGCUUGACGACCCUCAAGCCAGCUAUCAACUGCUGCGUUUAUCUGGUGUGCCACGUUUGUUCCAGCUGCUGAGGACGAUUGCACCGUCUAUCACCAACUCUGCCGCAAAAAUACAUGACAACAUGAUGAUGUGGGCAAUGAGUAAGAUCGUCCUUGGCAAGAUGGCCGACAGCAUGAGAAUACCAACGGUCAAAGAGGUACGCGCAGACCCGACGAAGAGCGAGGAGGUAGAUUUCUUCAAAGGGACAGCUCGGGCGCAGGUGCACCUACCCAUGCGAGAAGGAGGACUGGGAAUCACGAGCAAUGUUCUCAUUCGAGAAUCGGCUUUUGUGGCAGGGCAAGCGCUGGUGUUCUCCAAGUCAGUGCAAGCAUCGACAGGAUACACAGUUGAGCAAUGUCUACCCCGGCUUGCCCAGCUACCGACAGGAUUGGCUCUGAUUGACUCGCUGAAGAAGCUAGAGGAAAUCAUCACCAAAGACAAGCUUGAAAAAGCUGUUGGGCAGUCAUGGGCUAAACUUGCCACAAGUGAUGAGUUAACCCCCGCCCUCAAAGGAGUUUACUUGUUGGAAGCAGGGAAGGCGGGAAAACCCCGUGAAGAUGGAAACCCUGACGUAGAACAUCAACCACCGUCUACCUUCAGCCGAAAUGAAUUUGGUCAACACUACCAAGUCUUUGGAGCCCAAGCUCUCCUUUCGAAACCUCUUCAUGCAGCAGUGCGCCACAUGGUGGAGACAGACUUGCAGAAAGUAGUAGGCGAGGAAACGCCAAAGAAGAGGGCGUUGAUCCGCUUGGAGGAAGCGAAAGGCAAGGGAGUUUUGUCGUGGUUGACAACGCAAGGGUUGUCAGCAGAUGAAAGAAUGCUGCCUGAUCUAUAUCGAGAGUCAAUCGGUCGUGUACUGGGGAGUCACGAUCGAGCAGACUGCAACACAGGCAAACUUUGUGGUGCAGGUGCAUUGUUACCAUGCAAGGACCGCUUGAGCCGAGCCCACUCCCUCGUCUGCACCAAGACCGGCGCCUCAACCUUCCUCCAUAACAGGAUGGUUCGAGUGGUCCUCAAGACACUGCGCGAGUGCCAUAUGCCCAUCGCCGUUGAGGAUUCUUCCCCUUUUACCACAGGCACUGGUAGGGGAAAGGGGCUAUACAAGAUGGAUUUGGUAAUCCCCCCAGGAUUACACGCAGGAGAGAAGGAAGAGGACCUCUGCACCAAGUCCAUUCUGAUCGACGUAACAAUCGUCAACCCAUCAGCAGGUCGAAGCAUCGACAAGUCGAUCCUUAAGCCAGGAUCAGCCCUCGAAGAUCGAGCUGCAAGUAAGGCAAAUCACUAUGCGGGAACUUUCAACCCGUCUAGAUCUACCCUCCUUACUGCUGCUUUUUCAACGAAUGGUGGUCUUGGCAAAGGCACCAAUCGACUCAUCGUUGCUAUCGCCAACCACUUGGCGCACGAAGCUUUUUGCCGGGAAAAUUUUGACGACGAGAGGGCCUUAGUUCGCCUGAAAGCUUUUCAUACUAACAGGAUUCGGAGACGGUUUACCUUCGAGCUAGCUCGUUUUCUGUCGAUGCGAACUCGCGAUGUGUUCAAACGUCAUGGGCUACUGAUCGACCAACUUCCACCAGGGCCAAUCGGUUGGGAUCUCUGCGACAACGAUAGUAGUGAGGGUAAUUCUUUUGGGAGUGACGAAGACGAAGGAAAGGGAAAGGGGAGAAAGGAGGAUGACGACGAUGGAGCAGAAAAACAUGGAGGAGUGGAAGAGAGCAAAGGGUCGCUCGCGGCGAACGACCUGGGCAUCAACGACCCGUGCUACUGCCAUCAGUGGUGGUCCGCCGUGGAGCUUGUCGAGUCCCCCCUCCCGGACGGGUUCGGCAGGGUCGUACGCGAAGACGGAACGCUGGCCUACCGCUACCCCAAGUCUUUGGAAAGCCCGGGGAAGAUCGGGACUCAUCCCCUGCUCCAAGACUACAUGGACAAGGGGAGAAAAACGAAAAAAAAUAGUGGGAAGAAGGCGGUCACUCGAGAAGAAGCGGACAAGCGCCCCAAAAACUUCGAGAUGUGCUUCUCAAAUCGAGACGCGACUCAUUUCUCAUUCUCCAGGAUAAGGUGCCACGUGUUCCAGCUCAACCACGAGCUGGGAUUCAACCGCGGCCCUCGUGAAGCCCGACUGCGACACGUCUCUAUCUCCUUAGAAGAGGACGUCCUUCAAGGACAGUAGCCUCACGUGCAGGACGUGCUGCCGCAAUGACUCGGGGAUUGGACGUUGAAGCGCUCGUGCCGUGCAAGCGUUCCAAGGUCUAAUCCGUUAGGCCUUGCCUCAGCGUGUCCUGCUUGCGAGGCUACUUUCCUUCACCGAUGUCAAAUUUUUGGGAGAGAGAGACGAGCGACGUGUCGCACGUCUGAGGGCGGUUGAAGGCCCGCGCGCGGUUGAGCUGGCACGCGUGGCAGCUAUUGUAGCCCGGAGAAGAAGCGAUGAUGGGUGGUGACUCCUUUCUCGAAGCCCUUCUCACAAAUGAAGUUGUGGGCGUGGUUAGUUGCUGGUAUCCAGCGCGGUCGGUCGAUCAUGGCAUCGCCUCACCUCUUGGUUGUAGGAUACGCGCGGACACAAGUGUGCUGGAUAUCGAUCAGACACAAAAACACCUCUAGCAAGUCCUGGUGCCUUUUCUGUGGUCUAGGUACACAACUUGCACGAGGUUGUCUGGAAAUUUGGCGCCGCGAUUUCCUUUCUUUUCCGACACUUGAUCAUUGGAAAUAUUACUAAAUCGGAACUUCGUUUUGUUGAAUGUAAAGACAACAGCAAACUGGAAGGAUAUAUUUUGAACGUUCCUUUCCUACGUUGUUUACUUUGAAGUACUUGUAUUUGUUUCGUACGAAACUAUUUGAUACUCGGGGCUGCAACACCGAACACGGGUGACACUGAUGAACUGAUGACGACAGAUCGACUACGAUAGCAAGCUGUCGACCUCGCAUCUCCGGAGAUCUUCGAGGGACAGCAGGCGUACGGGGCAAGCCAUGGCCGCGUCCCACCCCAUCAGGUGCUUCGUGUCGUGUUCAGGGGGGACUUGACGGCCAUCAGAAGAACACGCUUCUCAAGACCCCAUGUGUGUGCUUUUAUUAUUAGCAUCGACCGCGCUAACCGGCUGACCAAUGAAAAGACGUCAGUCUCAGUGCGGCGGGAAACACAAAAUGUUUCUGUAUGUGUGUGUGUUUUUAUUAUUAGCAUCGACCGCGCUAACCGGCUGACUAAUUAAAGGCGUCAGUGCCAGCGGGUAAAAGUCAAGGUCCCUGGAAGGGGGCCAAAAUUCGAAAAAUGCGCAAUGCGCUUGAUGCGAAUGCCAAUACGACUCUCUCCACAUGUUCUUUCACGUAGACACACAUCUCAGCUACACAAAUGCAUUCGCUCGAAUCUAGGAAGCCACUGAUGCAAAGAGCGGAGGACAGCAAAAGGGUUAUUUCAAGCCCAGCCGAAGCCAGGAUAUCGUGGUAUGCUGCAUCUCCCAAUUUGAUAAUCGUACACUCCCAAGAUCCAACAGUCAUCGUGUCAGCAGCUAGAUUACUCAAACAAAAUAGCAACACA